AGGGUGUCUGAGAAGAGAACAUUCACGACAAUAUGACACAGAGGGCUAAAGAUAGAAACAAGCCUGGAUAUUUAAGACAUUGAACGGAGUGAAACGCGCUAAUUUCGAGCAGGUCCUGCACAGAAGUGGACGCUGGUCUUGGUGCGGAUCCUUCACAGCCAUCCCAACAUGCACUGUGUGAGCAGAGGGGGCUGCUACCUGCUGAACUCCCACUGUGAUGUCCAGGAGGAGGACCAGUGGAGGAAAGAGAGCUACCACGCCAGCUGGCUGAGCCUGGUUCUCCAAACAAGACCUCAAUACAGGCUGACUCUGUCAGAGACGGACCGCGUACGCAAAGAGACUUACAAGCAGCAGCAGGUGGUCCACCUGAUGGUGGAGAGGAGCCCCGGCCAGACCCUGACGCUGGGCAGAGAGGGGGGCAGGAUGACCAAGCACCAGCUGCCCUUCAUCAGCAGAGGCAGGGAGCAGCACCUGACCCGCACAGUCCCGCUAGGGAAGGGGGGAUCAGACGCAGAGGAAGUCAACGCACACACCUCAGCCCUGGACCUCUGCAAGCCCGUCAGGGAAAACUUCAGAGCCUCCAGUCUGAUGGCGUCUCAGAAGGAAGUCUCUGACCGGGCGCAGAGGCGGGAGUGAGGAGAGCGGGAAGGAGCCUCCGGCCUUUGUUCCUGCUCUUCACACAGUGGAGUUAGAAAAGAAAGCCUUUCUUAAAACUGCACCGCAAAAAGACGAUAUCAGCCUCACUCGUCUGUUCACUUGAUGUUUGUUGUGUCAUGCUGCAGAGAGGAGAAUGCUGUAUAAUUCAACAGUCUCAUAAUAAAGGAUUCAUAUUUAGUAAAUUAAGUGUUUGCAGAAAACUGCUACAGUAUGAAAACUUUUUUGUCUGCUCAUAUUCCAUAUGAGUGUUAAUAUGUUGAGCCUCCAUGUAUUCCUGCCUUAUGACCUUUUUCUUCUUCUUUUUUUUAACCUUGCCCACUGUGAGCUGUUGGUGUUACAUGAUCACUUCCCCGGGCUCUCGCAGCUCCCCUUGUGGUCAGACACGGGUAGUGCGAGGGAGUCGCAGGAGAAAACAAGACAACCUGGAGAAUGGGUUUUUCAGCUGAAAAAUAAGAAUGUAUUCAAGGGAUUGCAAAUCAUACAUCCGUCACCUUU